ACAAAAUAGAAAGGAAACUGUUGUCGGUCUUUAUUGCACCAGCCUGCACCUACAGUUGAUAGGCUAUUAGAUAUUUAAAUGUGUAAUUCUCCCUCCGAUCUGAGACCGGCAGCAAUACAGCGUCUAGUCUGCCGGAAACGCACAAGAAGAAGAAAGAGACAUACAGUAAACAGAGAACACAAAUAUGCAGACGAUUAAAUGUGUUGUGGUUGGAGAUGGAGCGGUGGGAAAAACCUGCCUUUUGAUUUCAUACACAACCAACAAGUUCCCCUCUGAAUAUGUACCAACAGUGUUUGAUAACUAUGCAGUAACUGUCAUGAUUGGAGGUGAACCUUACACUCUAGGAUUAUUUGAUACUGCGGGUCAGGAGGAUUAUGACAGGUUACGGCCUUUGAGCUAUCCCCAGACUGAUGUUUUCCUAGUUUGUUUCUCUAGUGUUUCACCCUCUUCAUUUGAGAAUGUUAAAGAAAAGUGGGUACCUGAAAUCACUCACCACUGUCCGAAGACACCAUUCCUACUGGUUGGAACUCAGAUUGACCUGAGAGAUGACCCUUCCACAGUAGAGAAGCUGGCCAAGAACAAACAGAAGCCCAUCAGCCCUGAGACAGCUGAGAAGCUCGCCCGUGACCUGAAAGCAGUCAAAUACGUUGAGUGCUCUGCCCUAACACAGAAAGGACUAAAGAAUGUGUUUGAUGAGGCAAUACUGGCUGCCCUGGAGCCUCCGGAACCCAAGAAGAGGCGCAAAUGUGUGCUGCUCUGAGCAUUUCCUCUCUUCUAUUGGUUAGAGCAUUUCAUCAACACUACUCGGAGAAAAGCAAACCAUUAUUGCACAACGUUACUUCACUCCUAUUGGUAAAUGACACACAUAUUUUUUACAAUGUUUGCAAAGUAGUGUGUGAACUUAAUUGAUCUCUACUAGAACCUUUGCUCUUAUGUAAUAGUACACAUCAUUCCUAGAGCCAUCUCAGUAUUUUUCAGUUAAACAGAUUGGUGGCUGCAUAGUCUUAUCAGAAGUGUGGAAGGGUCACAGACACACACACAGCUGAUGAUUGGGACCAGUGACAACAGGACAAAACAAUUUUACCUUCAAUACUGUUGGCAAUAUUCCCCAAGUUUUUUUUAUUUUUUAAUGAUUCCCUUUUUUCAGGUGUAUAUAAUGUUUUCAUGAACACCUGAGGUGAACAUAAAUCCCCUUUCAAUUGGGAAAGUGAUAAUAGAUUCUGUAACAGUCGGUAGUAACAAUGAUAUGUUGGUGCCAACCCAGUUACAACAUAUGCUAUGUUUGUCAGGGCAGUAUAGUAGUUUUUUUUUUUUUGUCUUUUAAAGCAAAUGCCUUGUCUGAUGUCACAUACUCUAUUGCAUUCUAGGCACUUAAGUCUUUACUGCUCUGAAUGAAACAGCUCAUUGUUGCAGUGUAAAACCACCAUGAGACUUUUGCUUUAGAAUUUUACUCGGUUGACAGAUUGUUCCUCCUUUGACAGGAACAGAAUCUUACAAGAUGUUUAUUUGUUUUAUACAAACAUUUACAUCUCCCGUUGUCACAAUUUGAGUAAGUUAAUUUCUUGAAAUGUAUCAACCAAAUAAAGUUUAGAAUUCUCAA